AUGGCUGAAAGCUCUUUCUCCAGCGCUAGCCCCCAGCUCAAGGUGGGCACAAAAGAUGAUAAAACUUCAGCAUUUCGAAAGAUCUCAGAGGAUGAGGAGUGGGAGGUGACGUCACCAACUGACCCGACCUUUCAAACUGCAAAUUCGGCGGCAGGUUUGUCGUCCGCUGGAAACAACCUCUUUGGAGGCAACGUAUUUAAUGAACAACAAGGCGGGGGAAUACGUUUUCGCAGGAGUCCUUUUGCCGACCCUUCUGGGGAUGGAGAAGACCAUGACGACUUUGACGAACACCCUGAAGGACCUCGCCCGACAGGUGCCUUGAAUGAGGGAUUCCCGAAUAACUACGCAUUGGGUCGUCGGACAUCUGUGUCUGCUGAGUCUUUGAACCCCACCUCGGCCGGUUCAGAUAGCUGGGUGCCCCCGCACCACCCAAAGACCGAAGAACAGGUCUCCCGGUUGAAGACCGCCGUCAGCGGCAACUUCCUGUUUUCUCACCUUGAUGAUGACCAGUUCAAGACUGUGGUCGAUGCCCUGGUCGAAAAGCCCAUUCCUGCCAAGGGAAUUAAAGUGAUCUCACAGGGCGAUGCAGGUGAUUACUUCUACAUCGUGGAAGAUGGUCACUUCGACGUCUACAUUCACCCAUCAGGCUCAGUACAAUCGGGUUCCGAUGGAAUGGGGUCUAAGGCGGGUACAAUUGGACCCGGAGGUUCGUUCGGAGAACUGGCUCUCAUGUACAACGCACCUCGAGCUGCGACAAUUGUGUCCACCGACUCGAAGAGUACCCUGUGGGCUUUGGACCGUAUCACAUUCCGAAGGAUUCUCAUGGACUCCGCAUUCCAGCGACGUCGCAUGUAUGAGGCCUUCCUGGAAGAGGUUCCGCUCCUCUCCAGCCUAAAGCCUUAUGAACGUUCCAAGAUUGCCGAUGCUCUAGACGCGAUUAAGUUUCCAGCUGGCUCUAGUAUCAUCAAGGAAGGUGAUCCAGGCGACGCUUUUUACCUUCUCGAGUCAGGUGAGGCAGAGGCAUUCAAGGAAGGCGUGGAUAGACCGGUGAAGUCCUAUCAACGGGGCGAUUACUUUGGAGAGCUUGCUCUUCUGGACGACCAACCCCGAGCCGCCAGCAUAGUUGCUAAGACUGAUGUCAAGGUGGCGAAGCUCGGCCGGGAUGGAUUUAAACGGUUAUUAGGGCCUGUGGAGGAUAUCAUGAGAAGAGCUGAGUAUGAACAAAUUCAACCGAAGCCUGCAGCUUCGUAG